AUGUUGAGAUAUUUUAAAAGGGUAUCUCAAAUAUCUACCGAGGAAAAUGUUGAGGCAAAGAAACAACGCAUUGAGGAAAUUUCUAUUGAAGAAAAUGUCAAGGCAAAGGAAGCCAGUGGUAAGGAUGCUACUGUUGGAGAAAACGGUGAAGCAAAGGAAGCAAGUAUUGAUGACACUAAUUAUCAAGAAAAUGAUGAGGUAAAGAAAGCAAGUAUUGAGCAUACUGAUGUUGCACAACUUCCCACAGAUCCUGGAUUAAGAACUCCAAUAUUGGAUUAUAAUGUUAAUUUGCGAGAUCAAAUAAGAAGAGUAUACUUGCAGAGAGGACUAGCUUUUUGUGGUCAUGAAGAGUCAAAUAAUCAAGGUAACUUUCUUGAACAGUUGAAGUUUCUAGCUGAUCAUAAUGAAAGGAUUAAAGCUGUCACUUCGAAAAAUGCUCCAAAAAGUCACAAACUAACAUCACCAAAAAUUCAGAAAGAUACUGUAAGUGCUGGAGCUGUUGAAACGAUUGAUGUUAUCAUCAAAGAUAUUGAUGAUACAUUCUUUUCAAUUUUAGUUGAUGAAUAUCAAGAUAUCUCAGUGAAUGAGCAAAUGUCCGUUGUUUUACGUUAUGUUGAUAAGACGGGACAUGUGGUUGAACGUUUUAUUGGGAUUGAGCAUGUUCCCAGUACUACAGGUCUAUCACUUAAAGCAGCUAUAGAUAAAUUAUUUUCAAGAUAUGGGUUGAGUAUAUCCAGAUUGCGAGGUCAAGCUCUUGUAGCUAUAGCAAAGAAGAAUAAGAAAGUCCAAAAACUCUUUAAUUUGGUUUCUAGCAUGGUGAAUAUUGUUGGAGCUUCUUCUAAACGUUGUGAUAUUCUCCGAGAGAAACAAGAAGCCAUAAUUUUUGAAGCACUCAUUAAUGAUGAGAUUUCAAGUGGGCGAGGUCUUAAUCAACAAAGCACUAUUGCACGUUUUGGAAUUUCCAUUGAAUUGUCUACGGCAUUACAAAGAAAAGAUCAGGAUAUUGUAAAUGCCAUGAGUUUAGUGACAGUAUGCAAACAAAGACUCCAAGAAAUGAGGGACAAUGAGUGGGAUUCUUUUUUGGAUGAAGUCGCUUCUUUUUGUCAAAAGCAUAAUAUUGAUGUUCCUGAUAUGGAUAGUGUGUUUGUACGCCCAGGUUGCUCAUGGCGUAAUACUGAAGAAAUGACAAAUUUUCAUCGCUUUCGUGUGGAUUUAUUUUAUUCUGUCAUUGAUAUGCAACUUCAAGAAUUGAAUGCUCAUUUUUCUGAGGUAAGUACAGAGUUACUUCUUUGUUUAGCAUGUUUAUGCCCUGAUGAUUCAUUCUCUGCUUUUGACAAGGAUAAAUUAAUUCGUCUUGCUAAGUAUUAUCCUAAAGAUUUUUCAAAGAUUAACUUUUCAGUUGCUACUGCUUCAGUUGAAAGAGUAUUUUCGGCUAUGAACAUUGUGAAGAAUCGACUGCGAAAUCAAAUUGGAGAUCAGUGGAUGAAUGAUAGCUUAGUUGUGUAUGUGGAAAAAGAUGUAUUUAACGAAAUCAAUAACAAGACUACUAUACGGCGUUUUCAAAGUAUGAGAAGCCGUAAGGAACAAUUGUAA